AUGGCAGGUCGAAAACGAAAUGCGCCUGGUGCGACAACCACCAGCACCCCCCGAACUACUCGCGCCAGCACAGCGUCGCGAAGAGCGGCGUCAGCCCGUACCGCCGUUCCCGAUGUGUAUCGAGAGAUGGUCUCCGAAGCGCGGCGCAUGGUUGUUACGGAAGAUGCCCCGGAGGCUACGACGCCAGAGAGACCACUGAAACGAAGAAGGCCUGGAGAGAGACCUACGCCAAAGGCCGAGACGAAGCCAACAAUAGUACCAGAACCUACCAAGAUGGACUUUGGUGACGAUGACGAUGACGAUGACGACCAAGACCUCGAGUUUGAAGAUGUGGAGUUGCCACAGCCCACGGUACAGACCAUCACUAGAGACUCGGACGACGAAGACGAUGAAGAGCUGGAGCUGGAGGACAUCGCAUUCGACUCCCAAGGCGGAUUUUCCUCGGCUAUAGCAGGCGAAGUUCAGCUGGACCUGAACUUGAGCGCCCAGAAAGCCGCAAUGGCACCCAGUCGAAAAGCGAUCGAACGCCGAAAAGCAUUGAGCAAAUCCGAGAAAGAAAUACGGAGGGAGAUACACAAGGUCCAUCUCCUUUGUCUCCUUGCGCAUGUCGAACGGAGGAAUAAAUGGUGUAACAGCCCCAAGGUCCAGGAAGCUCUGAGACCGCUCUUGACAGAAAAAAUUCGAAAGUCGUUGAUACCCAGGGCGAGUUUAAACCAGUAUGGUCGAACAGAGUCCCUCAAGGCGGGAUUGCAGGAAACGAGCACCAUGUUUAAGACCAAGUUCCAGAUUACGGAGCGGGGAUUACGGAGAGCGUUGUGGGCGGAGAACGACGAGCAGUUGAAAAAUUACGAACUCCCAGAUGACCUCGAAACCGUGCGAUCCAAACACGACUUCCUUAAAGCCGCCAAAUCGCUUUCCGGCUCUCGUGAUGUUGGAGCCCAACUCUUCUGUGCACUACUUCGUUCCAUAGGCGUUCAGGCCCGGCUCGUGUGCUCUCUCCAACCGCUCGCCUGUGUCCCCGGGGCUCCUACAAUGCCCAAACAAUCAAAAACGAAAUCUCUGAAUGCCUCAAAGGGCCCAUCAGCGGUCGAUCGUUAUGCCGCCGCAAUGUCCAAAUACGAAAACACCACCGUCACUCCAGAUCCAACAAAGCCAUCAUUUCUCUCGUCAGCCCGAAGUCGACUCGGACACCCAAACGCAACAGCCUACAAUGUCCCGUCCAUGACCGCUCCCCCACCAGCAGCCUCCUCCCCUUCCAAAGCCCCCUCCAAACCAAAGACAAUAAAAGGCGAAUCCGCCUACCCCAUCUACUGGGUCGAAGUCCUCGACGUCGCCCAACAAAAAUGGCACCCCGUCGACCCCCUCGUAACCUGUUCUCAAUGGCGCCCGCGCGCCCUCGAGCCGCCAGCCUCUGACAAAGAAAACGCUCUCGUGUACGCCAUCGCCUUUGACGCCGACGGUUUUGCCCGGGACGUCACCCGCCGUUACGCAAAAGCGUACAACUCCAAGACCAAGCGGCAGCGCAUCGACGGACCUGUUUCCCCCCUUGUCCCCUCAUCCGGGAGCAACACAGGCGAGCGCUGGCUUCGCCACGUUUUCCUGAGGAACUACACUGCGCCCGAUUUCCCGACCGAUCUGGACCAGAUUGAAUUGCAAGAGCUCGCGGUGCUGGAGGGCGCGGAGCCGAUGCCGAGGAAUGUGGCAGAUUUCAAGGAUCACCCCGUUUACGCGCUCGAGAGACACUUGCGGAGAAACGAAGUGCUUGUGCCAGGGGCGCAGUCGACGGGGACUGUCUCGGCCGGGUCGAAAGCGCCCGUUGAGCGGAUCUACCGCCGCAAGGACGUAGUCGUGGCUCGGUCACGGGAGAAAUGGUUCCGUCUUGGACGGCUUGUGAAAGCUGGUGAAGAGCCGGUGAAGGUCCUCCCACCUAAGAGGAAGAGAACUUCCAAGUUUGGUGGGGAAAGGAUCUCCUCCCCUUCCCGUGCCUUCUCAGAAGAUGAAGAUGAAGACGAAGAUGGGGAAGACGGAGUUGGGGACUUGUUUGGAGAUUAUUCCCUAGCCAAAGCGGGCGGUAUACCGCUGUACACACCGCAGCAAACAGAUCUUUACGUCCCCCCACCCGUUUCAGCCAAGGGGAAGAUACCGCGAAACAAGUUUGGGAAUGUAGAGGUUUACGUCCCCUCCAUGGUUCCCCGUGGCGGGGCGCACAUCCCACACGAAAGAGCGGCGCAGGCGGCGCAUAUAAUUGGAGUAGACUAUGCGCCGGCGUUGACGGGGUUUGAGUGGAAGGGGAGAAAGGGAACGGCGAGGAUAUUGGGGGUGGUGGUUCCCGAGGGCACAGCGGAGGCGGUGAGGGCCGUGGUUCAAGGGUUGGUGGAUAUGGAAGAGGAGGAGAGGGAGGAGAGAAGACGGGUGGAGGUUUGGAGGAUGUGGAGGGUUAUGUUGAGGGGUCUGAGGAUUAGGGAGAGGGUGUUUGGUAAUGUAGAAGAAGCGGAGGAGGAGGGAGAAGAUGAUGGGGAAGAGAGGGUGGAUGAAGAGGAGGGUGGAGGAAAAAAGAAGGAUAAGGGGAAGGCAAAGGCGAAGGCCAAGGAGACGGAGGAGGAGCAGUUUGAUAGGGAGAUGGCGGAUGCGCCUAGUGACGUGUCGGAGGAGUUUUAUAUGGAUAUGGAUGAUGAAGGUGAAGGAGGUGGUGGGUUUUUGAUUGAGUAG